AUCUUUGCCUGUUGCUCUGGGAAAAACAAACGCAAAGUUUGGGGCUUUAAUUAUUGGUCCCGCAGUAACUCCUCGGUGAGGGGGGAGGUGGGCCCUACGACACGGGUAGCCCAAACACAACAGCAAUAGAAUCUAGGGGAGCAGUGAACGGUGCAGAAAAGCGCGUAGGGAGAAAAGAUGCAGCAGUUCACCUACACAAAGUGCUCUUUUGGUACUUUAAGGGCAAACGCAGUUGUGGGUGGAGGGAUUUGAAACCGCCAGGAAUAGUUACCGGAAAAGUGCGGAAAGAUUGCGCCAAGGAUAUCACGGAGGCGCUAUGGGCACGGCCAUAUGCACGGACUGGACAAGACUCGGCCGAUAGCGAGCAUAUAGAAACAGGUACCCCAAACAGUUUGGAGGAGAGCAGAGGUCCAAUGGAUCGCCCCGCACCUCAGCAACGCCAGGACGACCUGCAUCCCGCACUUUAUCACUUUGAGCCGGGGCAGCGUCUCGGUCACUCCAUGGGGGCAGAGAGUAGAAGUAAUGUCCGGCAGUCGGAAGGACACUACGUCCCGGCGUUUUAUGAGCGCUGUGACAACCCGCUAAUGGUGGAUACAACCGCCAAUAUACAAGAGGCACAACUGCACCUGGCGGAACGGGACGAGGUAGAAGAGCUACAAGAGCGAAUGUGUGAGCUACGUGUGGCGCGGGAAGGUGAGCGUGGGGCGCACACGUGUGGGCAUCAUUUCGGACACCAGGAAUACACUGACACAGAUAUAGUUGGGAGCGAGUCCAGCACCGCGGAGGGUUCCGCUCGUCGGAGGGCGCUGUCGCUGCCCGUGGUGCAGCAGUGCCACAGUCUGGGGGUGGCGGGAGCAGAGGAGGACUGCACGCUCUUGUGUUGCUGCAAGCUGAAAAAGAAGGUCCAGUUUGCCGACUCACUGGGGUUGUGUCUUGCAAGUGUCAAACACUUCCUCCCGUCUGAGGAGCCCCUGGUGCCCCCCUCUGUGCUGGCCCGGCUGCAGAGUUACCCCCCUACUGGGUCCCUCCAAAGAGCCGACUUCAGCCUGUACACGGAGCCCGACAAUCCUCUGACACACGAGCUACGUGCUAAAGUGGAGGCGCAGGGGGUGUGCCUUGAGCAGGCUUCUGAUACCCAGUGGGGGGUUCGCGGGUGUGCGCUGGUGAGGGAGUCGGAGGACGCGGUGCAAGUUAAAAUCAGGUAUACUUUCAACGACUGGCUCUCACACUUGGACUGUCCCGCUGCUGACGCACCUACUCCUGCCCCUGGGCCGCAGCGCUUCCCAUUCACUCUCUGCUAUCCCCCCGCCACAGCCCGAGUCCAGUUUGCUAUUUGCUGCAACUUGCCCUACGGCCGGCAGUUAUGGGACAACAAUCAGGGUCUCAACUACAUUGUGUGCUGCCACCAGGAACCACAGCCGGACUUCCAGGCCUCCCACAUGGAGCAAGACGAGAGCUGCAUUGAGAUGCAUUGGUAGCAACACUUUCUGGGAUAAUCCCUUGGAAUUAAACACCUGCUUGUUUGCAUUUGCUCGAUAUUUUCCUCCCAUUUUUGCACAGGAAAUCCAUGGUAUAAAUGUGGAGAAAUACUAGCCCCUUGAUUUCACACGGGUGCAACUCUUUUCUUGCAUAGAGGCACUGACUAUUAGAAAUGUCUCUCAAUUAUGGCACAAUCAUGAGGGGGUGACAAAAUGCCUAUAUCACUAGCAUUAAUACUUGUCUGCAAUUGCAACAGUAAUCAUUUCAUGAAAUCAUCACACUGAUGUAUGCUACAUGUUAAUAAGCUACUGCACUCACCAUUCUGCCUUUUAUACACUGGUAUCAAUGCAAUAUUUAGCAAACUUAUUCUGUUCAGCUGAAGUCUAAAAAAAAAUAAGGCGUUUCGCAAAAAACUGCAAGUGAGGAAAUAUUCCUGUUGAAAUUGAGGUUGGGCCUGUAACACGCGCACAUGAUUUUGUUAUGAUUCAGUUCUAUGGCUCGUUCUGUUUUCUGCGAUGUAGUCUGUUUCCAGAGCUGGAAACAAAUGUGUGAGAAUAGUCUAUGUAAACAUUGGUUAUGGCACCUACUAGACAUCCAUUCAAAACAUAACAGUUGCAAGGUAAUUGUUCUAGAGACUAUGGUAUUUUUUCCCUGGCAAAGGUUGCUGAGAUGAAAUGGCAGAAAAACCUCUAUCUUUGCAGCUGACAUGCUUAAGCUGGGUGAAAGCACCCAUGACCACCUUCCAUGGAUUACAUUGACUUGUAUUGGAAACAACAUGGAAGAAAAUGUCUGCACUUUCAGCCUAAAGAUGCUGAGUGCUGCCAUGUGCAUCCUUGUUUUCUUCUUGGGACACCUUGGAUCAUCAAUGAAUGGGAGAGAUCAAUCACCAGAGGGACUGAUGGGUAUGUCUGUGGCCAUCGGGACUCCAUGCUUUCUGUAAUGUGGAUGCACUGAUAUGUUUUAAAAAGUUCCCUACAGUUUCUGUUUAGCCAUUUUGUGUGUGCUCAAUUUAAUUUAACAUGCUGGAAACCCCACUCAGACAUAAUCAUUUCUUGGAACUAUAAGAUAAAUAAUACUUUUUAUUUUCUGUCCAAAAUGGUGCAGACAUAUCAACUAAUAUCUGUCAUGGAGGUGAUUGUGAUAAUAUGGAUUAUGAUUUUAGGGAGUCCUUAUCUUCCUAAAUCUUGGAGUUGGCUGAUAUAUCUGCAUAAAGCAGUAGUUGUUCCAACUGAACCACAAUAAAAGAUUGGUAGGAGUGGCUUUUAAAAUGCUGGCAUGCUCAGGGUCAGAAUUCAAUGUCGUGGCCUGUUUGUUUGCGUGAUUAUCACAAUAUUUACAUUUUAGAAUAUCAGUUGAUUUCUUUUCUGUUACUAAGCCCUUUUAUUUAUAUUUUCAUUGCAGAUAAUGAUAUUUUAGAUGUGAUGAUGUGCACUCUUUCUGCUUUAGGCUAAAGCAAGAUGGGGCUGAAAAUAAGCCUUGUGAUAUAUGCAGGCCUAGAAUCAGCUCCUAAACUGGCAUUAGCCUUUUGUCGUGCCUACACCCAGAACAAUUUUCAGCCCAGGUUCAGGUACAAGCAGCUGAUUUUCUUAAAUGAAAUCCGCUGUGUAUUUGCACCCUGGGCGACACAAUGGAUUCGGGUGAAGGCAGGACACAAGGCUAAUGCCAGCAAAGGGGCGUAUGUAUGUCGGCAGACUGAUAUUGAGCCCUAUCUGCCAUUAGCCUAAGGUACAAAGUGGAACAAUUUCAAGAGAAAAAUGAUUAUAGGCACAGGUCCUAUGGAUCCCAGGCACCGAGUUUAAAAUAUGUAAGUAGUAAUAAUUUACACUGAAAUAGUGGCAUACAAAUAUUCUGGUUCCAGAGCCCACCAUCCCUGCAUUUUCUAUAUUGUCCAAUAGUAGCCAAAGUCUAGAAUCAUACAGAGAGUUAUUUGUUGUGCAGGUCAUUGGGGUCUUCCCAAAGUCUAACUUUAUUACAUUGGGUUUAUUAAAAAGAUGGCUUAGCUUUUUAAAUUUGCAGUUAUGUGUGCAAAUAUUGGUGUAGCUAGCUUCUAAACUGCCAGCCAUUCAAUCCUACAUUAUUAAUUAAAAGUGGUGGCACUUGCCCAAUUAUAACCUGAAUCUUGAAAGGUGAGUUUAAUUUCAUAUUAGGUUGUUGCAGAAACAUAGCAUUUAACGCUGUGGCACAGUGUGACUUUUAGCAGAAAACUUAGAGAACUAACCCCCCCCCAAUAAAAAAAAGCCCCACCCACUUACCUAGAUAUUACCCCCCCAUCCCUGCUUCCUCUCCGCAGAGAGUGUCCCUGAAUUUCAUGUCCAUGUAUCACAGUAGAGCAGUGGAGCUCAUGGGCGCCAUCUUCUGCGGAUCAUCUUCCUUCCCUUCUGCAAUUUCCACAACUUCUCGGCACAAGCACAGUUUGUGGAAAUAGCAGUCUGGCUCCAACUGCGCAUGCUCCAAAUAGCUCAGUGUUCGGCGGUCCCUUGCAGAAGUGACACUUUUUGGAAUAAUGUGCUCUGCAGAGAGAAAGCAGGGAUGGGGAACUAAGUUAGUGGAUGGGACUUUUCUUAUUAGGGGGGUUUAGUUCUCCUUUAGAGGGAAUGUUCACCUUUGUAAAAGUUUAAGAAAAUAGAUUUGCCUGUUUAAAUAUUUGCAAUUUGGUUUGAUAAACAAAAAUGCAUUGCUUUUAAUAUAACUACCUGGAAAGGUAGCAUUUCAUAGAUAUUUAGUAAAGCCAGGGGGUCGCUGGACUGGUGAUGGAGUAAUGUCAUAAGAACAGGAAGCAAGUGAAUAUAUCAAAACAAAUGCAUUUUUGUUAAUGAAACCAAAUUAUACAUCUGAUUGAAAAUGGCAGAUCUAUUUAUUUUCUUUAUUUUACAAUGGUGAACACCCCUCUUUAAAGGAGAACUAAACCCCCAUUAAGUGAAAACCCCCAUCCCCUUCACUCCAUUGGCCCCCUUCCCUGCUUUCUCCCUCCAUAGUACCUUACUUGAAAAAGUGUCCCUGACAUUAACGUUUGGCAUAUUAAUGCAGAGAAGUGAAGCUCUUGGGUGACAUCUUCAGGAUCCUCGUUUUCCUUCGGUGCAGUAGGCACAAAUAACCGACUGGCUCCUGACUGUGCAUGUGUGACAACGCUCAGUGUCUGCGUUCACUUACGCAAGAAAUCCGAAAUUGCCUAGGAGCUCAUGUGCCUAUGGCAAAAGUGUUAGUGUCAAGUUAUUUUACCUGUAGGAACUUUUAGGAAAUCUCCACCAUGUCACCUCCUAUGUAGACCUUUUAUCAGGGGACUGCUGCCUGUUUUUGCAAAAUUGUGCAUCGAAAAUGAAAACUAAAGCAAUGGCAACUAGAUGCGAAAUAAUUGGGUCUAGACCAACGUCGUAGGCAGGGAUUGUGACCUAUUAGAAAAUCAAAUCAGUUCUGUUGGUUUCAGGCUGGCCUUCACGUCAUUAGUUUGCAUAAUGCUGCUGCUUUGUGGUUACUUAGCCAGUAAGAUAAUUAGAUAGAUACCCAUUCACCUCUAAAGGGUUGCAAAAGAAUUUCAGCUGAAUUGCACUUUCCAGGCACAGUGCAGUUACAUAGACAGAUUGGUUCAUUUUGGCUCUUAAGGUCUCCCUGGACAUGCAUGGGCUACAUUUUGGGACAUUCAGCUGAUGUGACUACCAUGUGAAAGUGCAAGCCAAGGCAGUUUUGACUCAUAACUCUAUACAUGCAAUCAUUUAUCAGUUGGCCCGGUUUUUCUGUCUUUUAAUACUGGUUCAAUAGUACCAGAGAUUAAAACCAAAUUAUUUUUAGGGGGCCAUCAUGGUAAUGAUCUAUAGUUCAGCCCAGGGCAAGAAUUAGGUGAAGCAGAAGAGGCAGUGACUAGGGCACAAAGGUGUGGGGGCAUUACAUAACUCGUCUGCCUUCCUAUCCUAGUUCUGGCCCAUUUGUAACUUUGGUGGCCAGAAGAUCAGCAAUCGACUAUCACUGAUGGAGCAUUGGGGAGGAGGGUUACAUGAAUUGCUGGGCACCCAUAGUGUCUGGCCCAGCACUGUCUGAUAUGGACUGAAUGUUAUUAAAAAAUCGGCAACUAGUCGUGUGCAACUAGUAUUAUAUGCAGUGUGAUCAUAUGACUGAGGGCAUAGCAGCUUAUGUUUGUCUGACAAACCCAGCUAAUGGUAUUUUUAGAUGAAGUACUUGUACUUUUUGUUAGUUGGAGGGCAGCAGAAAAUAUUGAGCAUAAAUAUUACAUGCAAUUACCUUUUAAAGUUAGUAUCUCAUUGUGUAAAGGAAAAAAACGUGCAAUUUUAUUUUUGUGUUUGAAUUUUUUGCUUCUUCUUACAACCUGAAAUUUAAGAUUUUUAGUCCUGGCCACCAUAAGGGUAGAACUACACAGGCAACUUCUAUGUGUUUUCCGCGGAUCAUAUGCACCAAAACGCAGGCGUCAAAUUGAAUGCGACAGAAAAUAAGGUAAACAAUAGCAAUGUCGGAUGGUGUCGCAGCGUUCAUCCGACAAGACUGUCGGAUGCAGACGCUUCAUGCUGCGUCUGCAUCAGACAGUCAUGUUGUGUCGGAUGAACGUUGCGACAAAAUCUGACAUUUGUAUUUCUUACCUUAUUUUCCGUCACAUCUGAUUUGACGCCUGCGUUUUGGCGCAUCGGAUCUGACGAAAAUAGUUGUCCCUGUAGUUCUACUCUAAAGCAAAUUGUGAGGCGUCAGUGGGCCAGAUGGGGCCAACAUUAGACUUUCUUUGGAUUUUAAUAGAUGAUAAUGACCUACGGUCAUACCCAUACUAAUGUUUUGUAAGAUUUUUGCUUGCCAGGAUAUCCCACCCGAGCUAGGCUUAUGAAUCUGCUAAUGCGGUGUCUGCUAUAUCCACUGCUAUAUCAUCUCUUCAUUUCCUGGAGUACCCAGUAUUGGGGUUGUCAUAGGGUAUCCAUCCAUUCUGCCUAUGGCCAAUCAGCUGGAUGCCCAUACAGGAUUGGCCAGUGAAUGGCCACCUUAAGGACUUCUUUUAAUUGUGACCAUUCUUGCUAUUUGUUGCACUUUAUGUAUAAUUUUAUAAAUAUUUUUGUUCUGUUUAAUUGUAUAUAUAUUAAAAUGUUUGCACUGAUGAAUUUGCUUACAUUGCUGCUUAAAUGAGUUGUUUAACUUCCACUUUCCAUUUCAGUUGUUUUUAGAUAAUGUGCCAGAAAUAAAUACCUUUCUACUUUUUUCUAUUUUUGACCAUUUUCUAAAAUUGAUGUUUUUACUUAUUCCUUUCUUUUGCAGCUCAGUAAUCCAAGAGCAGACAAUUACAAUUGGCUACAGUUGUUGAUGCAAUUAUAACAGCUGAUUUUGAGAAAUCUUCUCGGCAGGGCCAAAAUAGGAAAUCUGUCAACUAAUGUAUCAAGUGAGACCAGUUUACAGGGUCCACGACCCUCCCUAUCAUUCUAAUUGGCCAAGUAAAUUACAUUAACAGCGGUGAUUCAGGUUAAUUGCAGGAAAAUCCAGAUUUUUGCCCUUGCACAUGAUUAAGCAGAAUCACCAUAAGUAAUGUAAUUUACUUGCGGCAGUUACAAAGAUAGGGAAGGGCAAGGCAUUUUUGAGAUGUCGCCUGCAGUAGCAAAUUUUUAACGUGGGCAUCAAAUCUCCCAAUGUGUCAUUGCCGUUAGAAAAAGCUAAAACAAAAUAGACUUUCUGGUGUGCCAUCUGAAAACAUGCGAACUGAAAAAAGUGUUUGGAAGGUAAACAACCCCUUUAAAAAAACAAAACAAAAAAAAAUGUCAACCUAUUUCCCACAUUAAACUGGUGGUGGGAGAUUUUUUCUCUGCUUUUAAAGCACAAGAUAAAUGUCUAUUGGGAUGUUAUGAUCUUUCCAAUACUCAUAAGAUAACGGCGUAUAACCCUGAAGUCUGAACCUUAUGAGUAAAAUAAAAUCAUGUGUCAAAAAAAAAACAAAAAAAAACUCUAGGACCAGAUGUUAAAAAGUAAUGUAAGAGCUUCCAGUCUUAAUGGCACUUUAAUGGUAAUAAUAAUCUUAAUUCCAAAGAUUACCUGUAAGGGAAAAUGUUCACUGUUGUUGCUGUUGAAAAAUAAAACAUUAUAAAAGCUUUUAAACUUU